CUUCCUUCCCUGGCCCAGCAUCUCCAGAUGCCCUGCUCGAGCCCCCAACAUAGCCUCUGUCUUUGCUGUCAGUCCGGCAGUGUAUUUCUUGUUGAUUUUGGCCUGUUUGGCCAGCUUCGCCUUCUUCGGGGUGAUGGUUCGGGGACCCUUCUUGGUGACACCGGCGCUCUUCGAUGAUGCCGAGGGCUUUGCGGAUUUGGAGGACUUUUUGAGCAGGCCUUGUGCCAUGAUGUACUUGAAUUGAGAGAAAGUUUUUUGAGGCGGGGAGGAAGUUCAGCCUUGCGGACUAGUCACGUGGCGAUCUUGUCACCAGCAUCAGCGCCAUCCUGAAAAAUGACUCUUCCCACUUGUGGACAAUGAAGGUUCUUUGUCUCCAUAACAAUGACUGCUCAGGCAGGGCUUCGGUGGACAAUGAAAGGACUUGAAGGUCACUUUGUAAGUCCUUACGCUGUUUACCUGGCUGCUAUUUGGAUUCUGUAUUUCAAUUAUACUCCUCAAAGGUGAUUCCACGCUCUACUUACUACAAAACGAUCGCAACUCGAUCUCACAUCUUUCGCUUUUUGCCCUCAAAAGAAUAUUUGAUCAAAUACAUCAGCAAACAUGCCAUUCUUUAGCAGAAGAAACAAACCAGAGAGUACUCCCAUUGUAGGCGAGUAUAGCCCUCCAAGACCUGACACUGCAGACAGCUCCUUCCCUCGACCUCGACCUCGCCCAGCACCUGGAACCUUACCUGAUAGGUAUGCAACAGGAAGCCCAGUCAGUUUCACAUAUGACAACGGCUAUGGCAGGAUCGAAUCACAACUCAUACAAGAACAGCACCUACCGUCCAAUAUAAAAACCACAGAGCAAUUGGUAGAGUUUAUCAGAGCCCGGGACCAGGACAACAACCGUGUAUCUUCUGCAUCCUCUCAUUAUUCCACCGAGUCAACAUUUGUUUCUAGCGUUACCCCCAACGACUCUAGAUCUUACAGCAUCCAGGGAAACCCAUAUGAGAUGUUGCGACCUGCUCCACAAAACUCCAGGGUCGCUCCGAGUUCAUUUGCCUCCCCUCGGCCUGGUCCUCAAGCAUCCCGAGUUGUCUCGAAUCCACUCCUCACUGGGUUUAGCAGAAGAUAUGUUUCGGCACCUGUCCUUCGUGUACUUCCAGGCACUACUCGCAAGCAUGAGUAUCAAGGAUAUUGGCUCGCCAAAGGAACCAUGCGGAGAUUGGAAAUACUCAAGACAAAGACAGGUAAGCACAAGGAAAGGAAGACGAAGAGUGUUGGCCAAGAUCAUUAUGCUGAAACCAGCGGCUGGUAUGAUGAUUGAGUAAGUAUGGGCUACGCUGGUUGAGCCAUCUCUAUCGACAGCAAAAGCCUUUAUCGUUGCACAAAAGCACUACCAAUACUUAUCGGGUUACACUUUUCUUCCUAGUCAGUUUUCAUAUUUUCGA